UGUCGUGUCGACGGGCGAUAUUUCCAUCAAAUGCUUCAUGACAGGUGCAGAAACAAUCGUCGAUUUCAGCGCACCAAUUAUCCGUAUCGGUGGACAGAAGACAGUUGGCCAAACUUUCCCGCUAGUUGCUAAUGAAAUGUUGUUGCGAGGGUGCAAGCGGUGUUCGGUAUAUGAAAUAUACCACAUCUUCCCACAAGCUAACGAGUAUAGUCUGUGUUUUGUCUGUGCUAUUGAGAGAAACUGCAUUUCUGCUCGUGUGUCGACUUGGUGAUAUAACCCGUUCAUUCCCCUCUCCGUGCAUUCAAUCGUUCAUCGCCAUUUUGUUUAGCUUUGUGUAUUUACGAUGUGAAUCGUCUGGAAAUGAGAUAAACAUUACAACAGAAAGUAUCGUGAAGGUUCCGAAAGUGAAGUGAUGAAGUUUAUGUGUUUAUUGUGCUCGUGAACACUGAGUUUGUGUUGAAGUGUGUUGUGUAAAAGCUCAAUUAAUCAAUUCAGUUAUCGGAUGAAAGCAAUAACCGGAAGUUUACGGACAUCAGUCGUAGUUCAUGGUGUAAAUAAGAAGCAUUCGAAAUACAUUUGGAUUGAUCGCCGAAUCGUAUUAUGCCCGAACGUUGAAGGAGAUCUUGAGAACAGUAAAAUCUGCAUGGAACUGUACAGCAUGCCCCAGCUAGACAAGGCAUCUCCAGUGUAUCAAGACACCCAGUUUGAAGGAGGAGGAACGGCAACUGCACCAGCAGGAGAUAGUAUUAUCAACCAAACGUCAAGCAGUGAUGUGAAAAAGUAUGCCAGUGUAGCGAGUGAUACGUUACCACUGUUAACGAGUUCUGCAUGGAGUGCAGUGAUACACCGCCCUGCAGAUGAUGAUUCAGAACCUGAUGAACUUCCAUCAACUGUGGAUAUGGAUGCCAUCAAGGGAUCUCCGGCAACUCCACUAGAAGCUUCUAAGACCAUGGCAGGAGGAGCAAUGCCAUGGGGUCAAGGAAAAGUGGACAGGGGUAAACGAGAUGAAAGUAAGGAGCCAGAAGAAGAUGAUGAUGAGGAUGAAGAUGAUGAAGCUGAUGCUGCUGGCAGUGGGAGUGAAGAAACUGAUGGAGAUGAUGACAGUGAAAGUGAUGAUUCUGUUGAUAAUGAUGAUGGUGAUGAUAAUGAUGGAGAUUCUGGUGAUUCUGAAUCGGUUGACAGCUCUGGCAGUGAUUCUGAAGGCUCUGACAGUGAUUCCUGCAGUUGGAGUGACUCUGACUCAGAUUCAGGCAGUACAUCAUGCAGUUCGCACAGUGGUCGUUCCAGUCGUUCUUCCAAUACCCAUCAGACUUUCUCUAUAAGAGAAAACAAUUUUGAUCAGGGUGGCUUCAAAUUGAAGAUUGCUGCAUUGAAGGUUAAUAAGAAAGCGGGAUCAAAGGACCAAGAAAAAUCAGAUAGCUCAGAUAAAGCAGAGAGGAGCGAGAAACCAAAGGAAAGUGACAUAAAGCGAUGUAGUGUGGUUGCAUCCUGCAAAGCAGCUAGAGAAGAAAAAAAAGAGAAAGUUAAACCAGAACGAUCAUCUCCAACUACUAGGUCAGCAAAGGCUCCAGUGACAGUGAAGAAGCAAGAGGUCACGAAGAGGAAAUCCAGAGGAUCUCACACACCGCUGAAGGAAAAGGUUUCGGCCGUAGGUGGCCGCACAGCAGCACUAUACAGUAUGCGUGUACCUGCCUCACCGAGCCUGUACCCUUGUGCUGGAGGUGGCAGUGGACGUGGGAGGGGUGUCCAUACACCCCGCAGCAACACUGACACUGAUGAUGAUGAGUCAGAUAGUGAUGAGGAUGGAGAGGUAGCAGAGAUCUCACAACUAGCUCAGGAGCUGGGUCAUAUUGAGGUCCAGUCUGAGACCCUGCCUAUAACAGAGCAUCUAGAGGAAAUCAACCAGGAGGACUUGGCAGCUAUUCUUCCAGAUGUUGUAACAAUAGACAACCAUGAAGAUGAAGCAGGACCUCCUUUUGAUGGUUUUGAAGAUGUCAGUUCAGAAAGUGGGAAAGUGUCUGCAGCAGUUGCACAGCAACGAGCAACCACAGGAGCUGAAUCCAGUAGUGAUGUAGAACUACCAGAACAAGUUGUGAGUGAUGCAAUUAAGAGGAUAAAUAUAGACAGUGAAGAGGCUACUCCAGCCAUGACGAGGAGUGCUACAGCUGCAAAAAGUGGAGAGGCAACUGAAGAACCAGCUAACAUCCCAGAUGGAGCUGCACCAUCUUCAUCUGUUGGUGGAUAUUCUUCAUCAUUGCUUCAGCAGUUUGUUGAAAAGACAGAGAUACUUUCAUCACAGGCAGCUACUGUAACUUCAGUACAGGAUACAAACAAGACAGCUACUCAGAGAGAUGUUCCACACAGGCGAAAAAGGGGCCGACCCCCAAAAGUCAUCAGACCACCUCAACCAGCUGCCGAGUCGACAAAUCGGCCUGAAUGCCCUACGGCACCCAGCAAACUGGUGCCAGAACUGGAAGCUUACAUGCGUUUAGACUGUUCGGUGUCUAAUGUUUCUCCAGACAGUGGAAUCCAAUCUGUGGCCGGCUCACCAGUUCACCAGUCUUGUUCACCUUCUUCCCAUACGGCAGUUCAUUCUCCUGCACCGAACACGCAGAAGACCUCUUCACCUCUGCCAAGUCCAGCACGGGAUACUGCCACUCCACCUCCUGCAUUGUUUUCUGGUAGGCGGAAGAAAGGACCUGUCAAACGUGGUCCUGGAAGGCCAGCUAAGAACACUAAGUGCAUACGCCGUCCACGAACUGAGCGUAGGGGUCCGGGCAGACCAAAACUGAGGAAGAAUGUCAAGGUCGCAAGGAAGAGGCCAGUGCAAAACCAUGUAUCAUUUCACAGUGCUUCAGCUGUAGUAACUGCUAGUGGUACUGACAGUGGUGACGAAAUUCCUCCUACUCCAUCACCUGUUCCUGUGGCUCCCAUAAAACGAGGACCUGGAAGACCUAAAAAGGCCCCUCCUGUGUUGGAGCCCAAUCUUCCGCUACCUACUAUGGACAGAAAAACUUCGAAGGAGGCUGAAAGUAGGAGCCCAGUGAAGAGAAAGGCUGCAAAUCAAAGCAAGGCUAGUGAGGAUUCACCUGUAGGAAAACUACAGAGGAAUGACAGUAGUGGUGAAGUGAAUGUGAAACAGAAAGGUUGUGCUACUUUUAGUGAUGUAAAUGUGAGAGUAAGCAGGAGAUCUGAACUAUCUCUUCAGACUGAGUCUACUGAAGUUAAGAGGUUUCCUGUUAAAUCUUCUAGAGUGAGACUGAGAGAAAACAGCCAGAAGAAGGCUGAAACUGUUGUGCGUUCUAAAGUGACUGUUGAGGAAAGACGUAGGAAAGGUAGAAGGAGGCACGAUAUGUCUCAGAGUAAAAUUCCAGAAACUGAUAGACGACUGGGAGUACGUGGCCCCAGGCAAAGACAUAUUGCAAAUUCAGGGACACUUUCAGCUUCUAACUCUCAUUCAAUUACAGUGCAGAAACUAGUGAAGCCUAGACAGUUACCAAGGGUACAUUCUUUUCCUCCUGGAAUAUCACAUCACAAACACAAAAAACGAAAGAAAAAGCUAGGACUGGUGAAACCGGAGAGACGUGUCGUGGAUCCUGCAUUUCUGUUAGAAGUGGAAAAAUUGAUACAAGAUUUUAAUCGCUUUUGUAUUAUUGCCAGGGGAGGUUCCGUCUCGGGGAAUUUGAGGGCAGGCGAAUUAGCUCUACCAUCAAUAUUUAGGGUUAAGAGAAUCAUUAAGAAGCGGAAAGGUAGUGAAAAAUCAAGAAGUAGUGAUAAAGAGUCUGGUGCUGAGGGAGAUGGAGGGAAGGAAAAGUGCCGUCAAAGAAGAAUAAAGAAGAAUGCUGUUGAAGUACCGAAGGGUCAUGAACGGCCUGAAGCUAAUGCCAGCAAUGAACAGAGGCUUCCUUUGAAGAAACGUCACUACCACAUGUCAACAGCAACAAACCUUCAGCCAGUUAACACAUCAGCAGAUACUAUGAAAAUAGACAUUCCCACUGACAGCAAGAAAACAAGUGGAAUGGAGAGAUUGUGUCUAGAGAAAGAGAAGGGUGGUACAAGCAGUACAAGCAUAGUGGCAACAGCUGGUAAAAAUCAGGUAAAACCAGCAGAGAAGAUAUGCUCAGUUUCAAAAGAAAAAUUGGGUGAUAAAACCAACUGCUUGACAAAUGCAGCUAAUAAGAAUUGUGCUCAGAUCGACAUAAAGUCUAAACUGCUGGCAGAUGUUUCCAGAAAUUCCAUAGAUGAAACUAUAGAGGCUUGUAUAACCAAAUAUACAACAACGCCAUGUCUUGACAAAACCCCUCAGGGACAACGCACUGUAAUUGUCACACCUAAAAAAAGGCAUAGAUUAGAGAAUGUUGUAGCUGCCACUUGCAAUAGUGCAAAAACACCAUGUGUGGUAGUUAACAAGAACAAAGAUGUAACAGGUGAUAACAGUUCUUCACAUAAUGUUCCUCCACAACCAAGCAAACGAACUGCGUCACGUAGUGCGAGUAUAAACUCUACUGCCACUGCUGUUGCUGUCAGUGUGCCACUGCCGGUGUCUACUGCACCAUUGUUGUCAUCCUCAGUUACUGCAGUUACAACAACCAGUGCAGUUGCAGCAACAGUGACAACUACAAUAACAACAGCAUCGUCAUCAGUGGUGACAACAAUCGCACCAACAGCAGUUGUUCAGGGAUCUUCUUCGGUGUCUGCUGAGCCAAAAGUUCCACCAGGCAUCUUUGAACCGUCAGUGAAAAUUGCUGAGCCAGAUUCCACUGUUCCUGCUUCUCCUACACAUGUAAAGCCAUCAUCACCAGUAUUGAGCAAGUCCAGUUUCCCCACCAUUAAGGUGGGAUCUCCUAUCCACAGGUUAUCGUCAUCAGUUUCGAAAACAGCUGUGUUGCCGAAACGCGUAAGUUCAGUCAUUAACAGGACAGUAGUUAAAACCAAUUCAGCUUCAAAUAAAUUAGCGUCUUCACAAACAAAGUCAGUGGCAGCUGCUAAAUCAUUGUCACCAUUAAGUAAAGUGUCCACAGGAAACAGGACAGUAACAGCCACAAAGCUUUCAUCGCCCGUAACAAGAGCUGCAUUAUCGAAAGAAUCUGUGUGUACUAACAAAAGUAAUUUACCUGCUGGUAAAACUAGUGACACCAGUGUAAAAGACAUUGCAAAAUCAGUGCAGUCACCUACAGUAAUUCCACCUUCAGAAAAAUCGACAGUUACUUCAGGAAGAUCUGUUCCACAGCCAUGCAGAACAUCCCCCGUUAUAACCAGGACAGUGCAGACAAGGCCUGCUCCUUCCUCAAAAGUGAGUUCUAGUAGUGAUAAAAACAGUGUUACUGAACAUGGAACACACACAUUUCAUAGUCUCAGAUUGAAACGUCUUAAUGGAGCAUCAGCCCGGGAAGAAUCAAAUCUGAAACGUGUACAUCUAAAGAGGAGAAAGUUAAUCAGGGAUGUGCGUAUCCAUGUUACAAAAUUAACUCCACUAGAGCUUCUGAAAAAAGCAGCAGGGGCAGUGAAAGAAAGAGCUCGAAGAAGGAAAACAAUUAACAGAACUGGCUUUCCAAUAAAAAGAAAGAAGAAAAAGAGACCACCAUUGAUUGAUAAAUCCUUGGAACAGAUUCAAAACUGUCUGCCAGAGAAAGUACAAAAUUCCAGUGAAUCACCAGCUACAUCACUCCACGUACCUGUGAUAAAUGAAGCAUUAGUGUCAAAUAGUGAAAUUUUGAAUUCCAGUUCAGUUAAUGGGACUCAGUGCACAGAGACCAAAUCACCAAAUAAAAGGGACCAAGUGUCGGCAAAAAGUGAAAAACCAAAGGGUCGUAAAAUUGAAUCACUGAAGUCGGAAACAACAGAAAUACCUCAGUGCUCGGACGAAAAGAUCAGGGAAGAGAAAGUAGAGUGUGUUACUAGUACUACUACCUUAGACCUUUACUCUAGAGAUAAGAACAAAAAUCGAAAAAGCGCCUGUAAAGUGGAAGAUGAUACUGACACUGAAUCCGACGUAAUAAGUAGUAGCAAAAAAAGCAGAGGUGUAUUGCGUGAUGUUGGUGCAAAAAUGGAAGGUUAUGGAACAGAUGAUGAGAGUUCAUGUGCUAUGGAAGAUAUGGUGUUACCGCCCAAUGAAGAAAUACCUAGGAGGAAGAGGAGACGUGACUUGUCACAAGAUGAGCCUGUUGCUCCACCAAAGCGCUAUAGAAAAUGUCGUGAGGAUUAUGUUGACAGAGAUGAUGUCAGUGAAGUGCUUCCAUAUGAAAGUAUGAUAUGUAGUGAUGUUCCUUCGGGUGAUGAAUCUACAAAGUCUUCUCAGCGUAAAAAACAGCCUCGGUGGAGAAAGAAAUAUCUUGUGGCUGGGUUAUUUUCAGACUACUAUAAAACAGAUGUUAGGCGGCCGCCAGCAGAUGUGGGAAAAUCCAGACUUAUCUAUAGGCCCGAAGAACACCAGCAUGGUCUUCUUCCUCCACCAUACCACUGUGGAAAAUAUUUGCGACAGAGACGGCUGGAGUUCAAAUUGCCGUAUGACUUGUGGUGGUUACAUACACAUAGCCAGCUUCCAGGCCGAGAUCGGGUACCGUCUUGGAAUUACAAAAAGAUCCGCACAAAUGUGUACUACGAUGUCAAACCAACGUACAUGUAUGAGGCACAGGCUUGUAACUGUCCACUACCAAGUAGACCUGGUGUCAAGGGAUGUGGUGAGGAGUGUAUAAAUCGAAUGGUUUAUGCUGAAUGCUCUCCACAGCUUUGUCCGUGCAAGGAUUAUUGUUCAAACCAACGAAUACAAAAGCAUGAAUGGGCACCAGGGCUGGAAAAGUUCAUGACAAAGGACAAGGGAUGGGGUGUUAGAACCAAAUAUCCUAUCAGGGCAGGAGAAUUUAUUUUGGAGUAUGUCGGUGAAGUUGUCAGUGAGAAAGAAUUCAAAGACAGAAUGGCAUCACGUUACAUAAAUGACACUCAUCACUAUUGCCUCAAUUUGGAUGGUGGCCUCGUGAUUGAUGGGCAUCGAAUGGGAGGAGAUGGGCGUUUUGUGAAUCAUUCUUGUGAACCAAACUGUGAAAUGCAAAAAUGGAGUGUCAAUGGCUUAUUCCGUAUGGCUUUAUUUGCUUUACGGGACAUUGAGCCACUUGAAGAACUUUCGUAUGAUUACAACUUUUCUCUGUUCAACCCUGCAGAAGGACAGACUUGCAAAUGUGGAAGUUCUCAGUGUCGUGGAGUAAUAGGAGGCAAGUCACAGAGAGUAAAUGGAUCAGUGACACGAGUCGAAGAGAGAGAAAGGCGAAUGGUAGGACGUCCACGGAAAAAUUCCCGGAAAAGCAGUACCAGCAUCUGCAGCAGUACAAAUAAGCUAAAGUAUAAGAAGAGGCUUGGGGAAGGCUCAUCAAGUCAAAAACACUGUAAUAUGACUCCAGUAAAGCCAAUGUCGCACCAACAGAGAUGUUUUGCACAGAUGCAUCAUUGCUUUCUGUUACGAAAUCUUGAAAAGGUAAAGAGGCUACGAGAACGUCUCAAGCAGGCAACCCGUCGUGAAGAGCCACUUGCAGGAAACUAUGCAAGACCUCAGGUCAAGCAGUCAGAUGUGUUUCUUACCCAACUGAAUGCAUUAUCCACUCCUAGAAACAUCAGAACACGACGAUUAGCACAAGCAGAAGAUAAUCCUGAACUCACAAGGACUGCAAGAUUGGCCUAUGUUUUCAGGGACUUGUACAAUGUUGUUACAUCUGCAAAAGAUGAACAUGGAGAGAUGUUAGCAGCACCUUUCCUGACAUUGCCUUCAAAAAAGAAACUCCCUCAGUAUUACCAGCGUGUUACUGAUCCAAUUGAUCUGACAACAUUGGGUCAGAAUAUUGUAACAGGCUAUUAUAAAACUGUAGAAUCGUUUGAUCAGGACAUGAGUCGACUUUUUACAAAUAAUGUUAGAUUCUUUGGCCGUACAUCGGAGUUGGGAAUCACAGCAACAAGGUUACGUAAAGUAUACAAUGUGGCCAAAAUGGAUUUCAUGGCACAGCUUGAAGAAAUAUUGGGGGAAAGUCCACCAUCAUCAUUUAUACCAGAACAUGAUCCAGGUGGUGAGGAGGAGGAUGUCAUACGAUGCAUCUGUGGUUUGUACAAAGAUGAAGGCAUGAUGAUCCAGUGUGAACGGUGUCUUGUUUGGCAGCAUUGUGAUUGUGUGAGAGCAGAUGAAGGUGUGGAACACUAUCUCUGUGAACAGUGCAACCCUAGACCUGUUGAACUUGAAAUUCUGAUGUCGCCACAGCCUCCUUAUGCUACACCAGGGCUCACCUACUAUAUCACACUUCUAAGGGGAACGUUACAGCUUCGCCAAGGUGACACCGUUUAUGUGCUCCGGGAUAUGAUAGAGGAAAAUGCUCCAAAGACAUCACCGCCAACUAAACACACAUACAAAACUGUUAAAGAUGUGAAGUAUUCAGACUUGGAUAUAUUCAGAAUAGAAAGAUUGUGGAAAGAUGAAAAGAAUGAAAAAUUUGCAUUUGGGCAUCAUUACCUUCGCCCACAUGAAACUUAUCAUGAACCUUCUCGGAAAUUUUUUCCCAACGAGGUUAUGAGAGUACCUUUGUAUGAGGUUGUGCCCUUGGAUCUCAUAAUGGGACACUGCUGGGUGCUUGAUUUAAAUACAUACUGCAAAGGAAGACCUGUGGGUGCACCUGAGGAGCAUGUAUAUAUUUGUGAAUACCGGGUUGACAAGAGUGCCCAUCUUUUUACAAAAAUUGCAAAACCCAGGCAUUCAAUUUGCACUAAAACUUAUGCAUUUGAAACAUUUGAUACUCGUCUGAAACCACAGAGGACGUACACUCCACAUGGACCUGUAGCACCAAGAUCGCGGGGCCGAAGCACAAGCUCAAGAGCAGCAGAGGAGGAGGCAAAGGUUCAGCAACCUUCUACUCACCAAGAUGAGGAGGAGGAACUGCCUCUAGCCAGAAGAGCAAGCCAGAGACAGCGUCUGAAUCUCAUACUACUUCGCCUCUUAGCAAGAUUGCCCAGUAAACAGCCCCUAGAUCUCUCUUACCUUCUGGAACCAGGUCGGAGACAUCGCAAAAAGCCAACUAUAUUGAAUCCUUGAGAAUGGCUCCUGUAGUGGGGGUUGGGAAAAUGAGGUUUGUGGUUAUAAGCCAGCUCCACGGGUUGACAUUUCUCAGGCAGUACUUAUUUCAUAUUUUUAAUAUUUUGUCAAAGUGUGCUACCAAAUUUCCAUCAUUCAAAACAUAUUUUUGUUUUGACUAAAGAAAGAUACCAGUCAGACCUGUAAAGUAUAUGUUAAGUUGUGAUGUGCUUUGAUUUAAUCUGUGAUUAAUUUGGUUUUAUUUAUUUAUUUAUUUAUUUUACAAAGUUAGGUUUGAAAAUGCCUUGGAGUUUGGCAUAUGCUAGAUUGUAAAAUGGUAUAACAUAUGAUGAUACUUCGUGUUAGCUUGUACCUUUUGGUGUGGAAGCCACUCAUGAUGUAAAAACAUCAGAGUUGCUAGAAAUGAUAUGAGGCAAUGUUUGUUGUGCAUAUGGAGUGCUCUUUGUGGUAAGAGUGUCCCAACCCCCACCCCCAGAUGGUGCAAAUGAUGCAAAUUACGUCACAGCAAGUGACAUGCCAUUUAGUUUCGUUUCUGCCACCAUAAUGAGCUUCUUAAUAGCCCCUUGGCUCAUUAGUUUGUUUCUUACAUGUACAUUUAGAAUUUGUUUGUGGUGUGUUUUUUUGGUGUGUGUGUGUGUGUGUGUGUGUGUGUGUGUGUGUGUGUGUGUGUGCAGGUGGGCGGGCACGUGCGUACAUACUAUGCAUGCACGUGUGCGUGCACACAUGAAUUGCUACAUAUGCAUCUUGCAUUUGUAGCCUGAUAUGAAAUACCAAUUAAUGAAUAAGCAUCAUUUGACCAUCCAUCUGAGGGUUUGUUACAUGAAUAAGCUAAAAUCCUGAAGUAGACCUUCUCAAUUUGUGACUUGUGAGUUUUCUUGCACUUACAUAGCUGCAGAAUUCUCUUGCAGCUAUCAGUGGGUAUAUUUUCUGUGAUGGCUUUGGAGACUUACUUUACAGUUUUGAGUGUGUCUGGGCAGUUAAUUGCCCACUGUACAAUGGAAUGGAAUAUGCAGACAGCACUUAUCUUGACAUAUAACUGGUAUAUAGUAUCCAAGGAGAUUUAUAGAGCCAAAAAUCAGUAUAUGUUUACUUGAGAUUGUGAUGGAGGAUGAAAGAAUAUGUGAAUAUGUACUAUAUUUGUUAUGGCAGGCAGAAAAGAACACAUAUCUCACAUUAUGAACUAAUUGAGUUCCUUAUAGACCACUGAAACUUAUCAGAGUACUCUCAUUUUACUUAUAUUAAUGAAUACUUGUUUACGUUGUACAUUAGGAGUAACAUGCAAGUACUCAUUUGACUUUCAUUAGAAUUUUUUGUGAAGUGCCAUAUUGGCACUGUAAUUCUUAACUGACUUAUCUUCAGCUGUAAGCUGUUUUAUGUAUAAGUUGUAACAUUCUACAUUUAUUGAUAUUUUAUUUGGACAGUCCGGUGGCUAUUGUCGUACAGAGAUGUGUGUUGUGAUUUUACAGUUUGUAAAUAAAUGGGGGAAUAUGUAUUUGGAUGUGAGUGUGCAUGUAUGUGUGUGAGUGAGAUAGAGAGAGACAGAUUAAUGUUUGCAGAAUAGAUGAACUUUUAUGAACUAAUAUUAUUAGCCAUUAAGAAAACAAAAAGUACAAAAUGGAUGCUAAAUCUGUACUGGUUUCUGUUAUAUGGGUGUGGACAGAGAAAAUAAGAUUGCAACGCUCGGUCGAUUUAAGGGAUGUUAAUUUUUGUUUUAGGUCUAAGGAAUAAUUCAUAUGGUAAAAAAAAAAGAAAGUCUAUUUUUAUGCUAGUCAGAAAU